AAGACAAACCAACCUAGCUGACCUCACCUAAACUAACCUAAAUCAAGGGAAUCUUUUCUCGAGUCUCAUCUUUCUCUCAGCUCAGUCUCAAUGCCCCGCGUCUAGCCAAGCCAAGCCACUUUCCACAUUAUUCCCGUCUCUCGCAGCCUCGACCCCAGAAAACAUUUAUAUAUUUAUAUAUACUUAUAUACCGAGAGAAGCCUAUACGGCUCCCGCUUCCGAGUUGAUUGCGCGGUGAAGGAAAUGUCAUGCCUGACGAAAAGCCCAGUUGGAAGACGAAUCCCUGUCCCUGCUGGAUAUUCUGCACAGUUACGGCAUUAGGUUAGGUAUUUCUAUGAGAGAAAGGCCCACACCAUCCACCAUCCCCUCGGGGUGAGUCAGAUUCUUGGCUAGCCCGCGUAAUUAUCUCGAUUUGUUUUUUACAUACCUAGGUACUUGCUCACUUUGACAAUAUCUACCUAAGUCUUACUCAACCCUUACUACUCGGAAGCCUCUCUGUCGCCGAGUUACUGAAGAGGCUGAACCAUAUGGGAUCUGAACCAUAUGGGAAUUGGUAAGCUCAAGAGCACCGCUCGCGGAUCAUCCGCACUAUAUCCAACCUAUAUUUUACUUCUAUCACUCAAAACAAUUUAACUCCCAUGGAAUUGUCAUCCCGUUCGUCCCCGAACGAAAACUCGAUCGGCUCUCCCGCCGCCUUAUCCGCUGCUGCGUCGACACCUCAAGAUUCUGCGUCGGUAUCAAACUCCGCCUCGGUCGUUCCCGUGCCCGGCGCUCACAAUGCCGCUUUUACGCCCUCGGGCCCUAUCACUCUCGACCCGUCCACUACGCCCUCGUCCGUGCUGAAUCCGCGCAGCUGCGUAACAUGUCGACGACGGAAAGUUAGAUGCGACAAAUUUAUGCCCUGUGGCAACUGUCGCAAAGCCCAUAUCCAAUGCGUCUUCCCAGCACCAGGUCGUGCGCCGCGGCGACCGCGCAUGAAGGACCCCAAUGCCCCGCCCAAGCAGACGAGCGAGCGCGAGAUCGAACUCAUGAAGAGGCUACGAAAGUUGGAGAGCAUAGUAGAAGAUCUUAGUGGACAGAUUGAAAUAGAGACGGCGAGGCACCCCUCUCUCAGCGGCGGGGCUUCACCCGAGGCGACACUGGAUAACGCGCAGGAGAGAGAGCGGCGAAGGCAGAAUGGAAUCACAUAUAGCGAGAAUCUACCCGGCGGCUACCCUCCGGCCGACCAUCUAAAAUUUGGCCGCUCUCAGACCGGCGACUCCACUAACCAGACAUUGAAGAGUCCAACCUCUGAGGUUAGCAAGCCCUUCGGGAGAUUGGUGUUGAACGAGAAGGGAAAGACGCGGUACGUGAGCAGCGCGUUCUGGUCCAAGGUUAACGACGAGCUUAACCAGCUUCGAACCGAAACAGAGAUGCUCAGCGAUGACGACUCCGAAGCUUCGGACGAUGGCAGUAGUCCUGGUGCGUUGCACCCUCACCCAGAUUCGAUCGAUCACCACAGCUUCGUCUUAGGCUAUAGCUCUUCCAAUGUCGACCUACGAAAAUUACAUCCCUUGCCGUCUCAGAUACCAUUCUUCUGGCAGGUCUACCAGGAGAAUGUCGACCCGCUAGUAAAGAUAUUACACGUACCAUCUAUGAAUAAGACCAUUCGCGAGCUGAGGAGUAACAUGGACGGUAUCUCGCCGGGGAUGGAAGCUUUAAUGUUCGCUAUAUAUUAUGCUUCCAUCACCUCUAUGGAAGAUAAUGAGGUUAAGAUAAAUUUUGGCGCCGAUAAGGCGCAGCUUAUUAAAAAGUAUCGCUUUGCUACGGAGCAAGCCCUUGCAAAAGCGAAUUUCUUAGUUACGUCAGAACUAGUGGUAGUUCAGGCCUUUACUCUCUUUCUCGUGCUCGUCCGUCGGUACGAUGACACGAGGUUCGCCUGGACGCUUACCGGUCUCGCGAUCCGCAUCUCGCAGUCGCUGGGAAUACAUCGAGAAGGGACUGAAUUUGACGGCUUGAGCCCGUUCGACGUCGAGAUGCGCCGUAGACUCUGGUGGGCAAUUUGUAUUCUCGACCUGAGAUCGGCAGAGGACCAGGGUACGGAGCUGACGAUUGCGGAGCGGACGUACGAUACGCAAUUUCCGCUAAAUAUCAACGACGCGGAUAUAACCCCCGAAAUGACGGAAUUCCCGGAAGAAAAACUAGGGCCUACUGAUAUGACUUUUUGUCUCAUACGUUACGAAAUCUGUGCUCUGGCUAGGAAGAUACACUUCGCAACAAACGGGAUGGCCCCGUGCCGUGCCCGGAGUACAGAAGAAGAGCGCAACAAGAUGCUCCACGACUGCUACGAGCGGAUUGAGACGAAGUAUCUCAAAACGUGUGGCGACAAGGAUGCGGAUGUGUUACAUUGGGUCGCCGCCAUGAUUGCGCGGCUAAUCAUGGCUAAGAUGAGUUUAAUAAUUUAUCAGCCGAUGCUACUCCAUUGGGGAGCCCAGGAGGUCAGCAAAGAAAUUCGACACCGUCUCUUUAUGGCUUCUCUCGAGGUAGUCGAAUAUACACGGGUGUUAAACUCGGAACAUAGAUGUCGCCAGUGGCGAUGGCUCUUCCAAACGUACGCGCAGUGGCACGCCGUGGCCUAUCUCCUGCUUGAAGUGUGCCGGCUGCCUUGGACCGCGUCGCUCGAGCGUGCCUGGAUCGUGCUCAGCGCGACAUUCCAAACUCCGGAUGUGUCACAGCGUGCCAAGCCAGGUGUUUGGAUUCCGCUGCGCAAGCUUAUGGGACAGGCGAGGCGUCAUAGGGAUGAGGAAAUCCAGCGGCUGAGAGCUGAUCCCGAGGCUGCACGACAGCUCGAUUUGGACGAACAGAAGAAGACGCAGCCAGAAAGCUUCAAACACCUGUCUAGCUCGAUGCGAGGUGUUCUAGCCCAAGAGCAGUGGCGCAAGCUCGUGGGAGUUAAAGGUCCUGAAAAACCAACAUUUCACACCUCGGAAGUCACGGGUGGCGGCAUACAGACGGAAAGGAAGGGACUUAUACGGGAGCAGUCGGAUAUGGAGGUAGCCCCGGCUGACUUGCAGUAUGUCGACCACUUGAUGUCUCAACCGUAUCUCGACUCUCAAGACAUCUUCUCGGUCGCCUUUCCGGGCAACCAAGCCUACUUUACUGAAGGGGGCGCUCAGCCCCCGGGCGGAUCCCGGCCAAACCAGGCAGCUCCUGGAGGAGCAUUUGGUGCUACUAGUAGCAAUAGCAAUCAGCCAUCAACAGGUCAGCCUGCACAUAAUUUUCUAGAGGACAACCCUCCACCGUGGUUCUGGAGCGGUGUCUGGGGCCAGUCUCCCCCGAAUAGCGCGGCAGAGAACGCGCCGAAUUCGGAGGACCAGGACGUUAAUAUGGAUGUGGACGAGAGUUUCAACUGGCAGAAUUGGGUAGACAACGGGCUCGCGAUGGGUAGGGUGAGUUUUAUGGGAGGGAUCUAAGAAUUUCCUACGCAACCGCUCAAUUGGUAUAUAUGCCCAACUAGACCGACGCAAGAAUAUACGACGGCCUCGAGACGUCAAGUUGCAGAGGGUUUACUAAAACGUUCGAGAGGCUUCGAUAGGGUUGAACUUUGCCCGCCAUAUUGCCGGGUAAAGGGUCAUUCUACGACUACCCUACCUUAAGGCAAAGGGUGCGAAGGCAGAAGAGAAUGAACGGCCGUGAUGAAGUCACGAUGCCGUUCCGUGUACAUAUUGAUACCCUACUCUUGGGCUUCGAGCUUUGGAUAUGAAUCGAAAAGAAACCAUGAAUAACAACCCUACGUUCAGAAUCAUAACUCUAGGUGCAAAUACGGGCUAUUUAAGUUCUUAAUAUACAUUGGUAGUUAUCUACCAGCUUGAUAUCUUUUAUCCCGAGUCAAAUUGAUCGUUGGUCCCAUCCGGUCAUCCGGUGGCCGGCUGCCGGGUUUCCGUAUGGAUGGCUCAACUUUUAAUGACCGGAGGAAUUUGGAAACGAGUGUUGCACUAACAAAUUAUAUAUCG